CGGCACGACGUCAUUUGUUAUUCUUCUUCCGUAGGCUAUGCUCUCGAUUUCUAUACGGAUGGGCCACUUCCGCUUAUCGUACCUACCUGGACACGUUUCAUUUCGUAUUCUCUCUGCCAUUUGUUUUUAGGUCAAAUCUCUAACUUGUUUCAGACAAGCAAAGUCGGAGCUCGGCCUCCGUGACCGCCUACUAUUCACCCGAAUAGAAAAGAGAGAAAAAAAACCUUGAUUGUCAUCAAUUUCAUUCUCCGUUUUUAAUUUUAUAGCUUUCUCUUGUUGUUCAGGUACCUGUGGAGUGUAAUUAUUUUCAACCGACGUAUUAUGCUUUUUUUAUGCCGAUUCGUCUGAUUAGUAGCAUCAUCGCGUUUGGUUAUUUUCGCGGUGAGCAGCGGCUGUGGUAUUCUUGUAAUAGAUUUUUCCGUCUCUUACCAACGGAAGGAGAAAAUACUGUAAAGAAAAAAAAAACAGCGUUUGAGAAGAGAGGCAGCAGUAACCAACUAAAAAAAUGGGGAGUUUUGUGGAGAAAAUUGAGGACGAAGACUUUCUCCAUUGCCUGCGAGGCGAAAAUCUCUCCUGCUGGGAGCGCGCUCCUCCAGUGAGAGGGUUGGCUUGUCGGUGGAGAAUAAAGAAGACUCCAGCGCAUAGUAUACUUUUCCUACUAUCCGCGCGCAUUGCAUUCAGCACCGACGAUCUCACUCUUCAAUGGCUCGACCUGCAGCCAAGUUCAACAGUUGAGCCGACCGAUCCAACUCGAUAGUUCUUCUAGGUCUGCUCUCCGAUACGCUACGUCGAAACCAUCCAUUUCGUCCAAGUCUGUUGCCGAGACGAGUGUGUCAUCACUUCUGUUAAAUCUAAUCAACUUCAGGAUCUUCGGCUAAGUGAAUUGCAACCACGAAUUCUACAGUUUGAAGUUGACAACUUUACCCGUUUCGAUCAUGCGGAUAUCCGGGUACUUUCUAUUGCUCCUAACAUUGGAGCUGAUCGCGCUGGCAACGUCCGCGACUUCGGGGCUCAAGCACCAACAUCCGGCCCUUCGAACAGGUUUUCGGUCGGGUUUCCGCCGAUCAUCCUGGAUCGCCGCCACUGCAGCUGCCAACGAUGCUCAUGGUACGACAUCCCAUGGUCACGACGAUACCUCACGAGCCAUUCAAGUGAGUGGAGAUAAUGCAAACACGCUUAAGGAGAUGCCAACUAAAGGCGGCCGAGAAGAGAAGGAGCAAGCGACGGCUAUUGCUACCACGACGAUCGCUACUCCGACUACCUCUUUGGCAAUUAUAGAGCCAAACGACGAGGAUUUGGUGACAACGUCUGAAAACCUCUGGAAAGAAGACACUUUGACUAAUGAGGCGGAAUCUUCCCCGUCCCAGCAGACUACCAUUCGCAAUACGAGUGAUGCUCGGGGUAUUUUCAGCAACAUGGUCAAAACACUCAACAAAUUGAUACAACCAAACUGCGAGUAUAAGGGUGUCAAGUACAAUUGCGGCCUGAGUUUGGCCUGCACCCUAGCAGGCGGUGUAACUAAGGAUCUUUGCAACGGUGGUCCUCUCUGGCAGUGUUGCGUGCCGAAAUCCGCCGACAAUGAGAAUACUGUCCAGACUCCAGUGUUUUCACUGAAUGACGCAAAAUGCGGAUUGACCUAUACCCGUAUGAAUCGGAUUGUCGGUGGUCACGAUACAAGCUUUGGGAAAGUUCCGUGGCAGGCGUCGAUCGUCAAGACAAGUUACCUCUCAAGGAGAGUGUCGUGUGGUGGUGCGCUAAUCAACAACCGCUGGGUAAUCACGGCCGCUCACUGCGUGCACAGCACGGCAACAUCGGGAAUUCGAGUUCGACUAGGUGAAUGGAAUAUGAAAGACACCAACGAACCUCAACCUCACGAGGACUACGACAUUGAACGCAAAGAGGUGCAUCCUAGCUACAAUCCGGCUGACUUCCAGAAUGACAUCGCCUUAUUAAAGCUCAAACGCGAUGUAGUGUACAAGGAGCACAUCAUCCCGGUUUGUCUACCACCAGCCAAAGCCAAUUAUGUCGGUCAAACAGGAACCGUCACCGGAUGGGGCCGCACAGCUCACGGUGGAGCGACAGUUCCGGACGUUUUGCAGGCAGUUGACGUCCGUGUCAUCGACAACAGCGACUGUCAGAAAUGGUACAAAGAUGCAGGCAGGAGGGAGACUAUCUAUAAUGUUUUUACGUGUGCGGGAUACAAGGAGGGAGGCCGUGAUUCUUGUCAGGGUGAUUCCGGAGGACCGUUGACUAUCGAUAAGGAUGGUCGUUCCACCCUCAUUGGCCUUGUCUCGUGGGGUAUUGGGUGCGCUAGGGAGUCGCUGCCAGGAGUUUAUACCAAUAUCCCCCAUUUCGUUGACUGGAUACAGCAAAACAUUCGCUAGUCAAUUUCAUCACCAGAAGCACAAAAUUAAUCGGAUAACGUUCGCCCAAGACAGAUCCAGAAAUUAUUCCGUCUAAUGUUUCAAAAUUACUACCAUUUAUUAUUUAGUCUUGCCUUGAUUAUUUUAUUCUUGUUUAUUUUCCGUUAUUUACGCUCUCGGCGACAGUUCACGGACAGGAUUCCAUGACACACUGUAAAUAGGUCGAUCACACGUGCAAAUGAUUCAGUGCAUUCUUUCCCCAAUGAUUGUGAACCUCCCGAUCCCUCUAGGGCUGCCUUUCGCCGCAGCGCAGUCGUGCCUUCUUUGUUCCCUAUCCCUUUUUACCGAAAUAUCGUGCAUUGCCGAAACAAAUCCUUCAUGUUGUGCAUUCAUAUAAUUUAGAGGUAUAUCUGAAUGUGUUGUGUGCCUGUGUGCAUAAGAGGCAAAUCGUUUCCAGAAUUAUAUACCAUAUUUUGAGUGCUGCUAAAAAGCAAACGAAUAAAUGGAGAGGAAAAAGACUUUUUUAGCAAAUACACAUUUCAUAGCACCAA